GUCUUCAAACUUUAGUACCGCAGUGGACACUCUGACACAUGCACAGCACUAACACCUCAGCGCCAUGGCGCCAGGCUUGUCGUGCUUUGCGCUUUGUGGCUCGGUUGUAGUCUCCAUAGAGCUUUGGAUAAUCCAGCCGGUUGCCAUGCGGGAGCUUUGCCCUCGUCCUAUCGCCUACGAAAGCUCGCGAGUCUGGUCUUUCGUUGUGACCAUUCUCCCUUUUGCUCUUUUCGGCAUAGGACACUACUCAGCUACAGCUUCAGCUUCUGAUAGCGAUGCAGGCGUGGAAAUUCGCGGGCGUUGUGGCGCUCUUGGCUCUGAGCCAGCAGGUUGCGGCGAAGGGAAGUAAGGAGGACAAGGAGCGUCCGGGUAUCUGCGAGGAGACCGAGGACUGCACGGCCGAUGGAUACCAGUGCGUGGCGCUGCAGACCACGCGUGCCGGCACCGACACGGUCAAGCAGUGCCUUCCUAAGGAACAGGACACGGACGUGUGCUCGGGCCAGUACCCGGGUCUGUGCCCAACCUUCUCGUCCUGGACGAGUCCGUACAACCAGAUCAGCAGUGUCUGCACGUACAAGCCCGCCGAGAAGUGUGUGAGCGGCACCACCAACAGCAGCUCGGGAUCGAGCGAGGGAGUCAUCUGUGUGUCGGGUGCUAAGGACUCGAACGGUGAGGCCAUCGACGCUAUCUACGGUUGCGUUGACUUCGACACUAGCGCUCUUGAAGUGCUUUUCGGUGAGGAAGACGCCACUGACCUGGCCGACGAUCUGUCCACGGCGUCGGCUCUGAUCUCCAACUGCCUCAGCACGAACGCGACGAGCAACUCGACGCUGCUGUGUUCCGGUCAGGGAACGUGCGUCCCGGACACUAUCGGCUCGCUCAACUACACGUGCCGUUGCAACGUCGGCUACAGUGGCGACUUCUGUGACAAUAUUGACUCGAACAAGUGCCAGUUGCCGGGCCAGUGCGCCACGGGUGUGUGCAACCUUGAGACUCAGGAGUGCGAGUGUGCGGCCGGCACCACGGGCGACCAGUGCUCGGAGUGCGACGCUACGUCGGACAAGGCUUGCAACGGCAAGGGCACGUGCUCCAACUCGGUGUGUGAGUGUGAGGACGGCUGGGAGGGUCUCCAGUGCACCAAGGAGAGUGCCAAGAAGAAAUCGUCCAAGUCGGCAUCAAGCAAGGCCUCCUCGUCGGACACCACGACCGGCAGCUCUAGCGGAGCCGUGUCGGCUCGCCCUCUGAGCUACGUCGCCAUGGGCGUGGCCUCCAUCCUCGCUGCUGCUUUCUUCAACUAGUCGGAUCUACCAAGAUAUGUAGAAGUAAUACACGAGUCUUGUGUGUAUUUCGCGACCGCAAUCUAUUGAACAUGAAAAUUCUCUUUCACUAGCAACACC